AUGCCUUAUUCUAGUGCUCGGAUAGAUGAUUUUCAUUUUGGGGGGGUAUUUCCAAGUUGUAAGGAUGAUUAUGAUAAAAUUACCGAAAAUCUAAUGACUAUUAAGGAGUCUCUUAUUGAUAAUGUAUGUACCAUGAUUUCAUAUGAAGUAAGAGUUAGACAAUCAAAUAACAUAUCAUAUUUUAAAGAUGAAUGUAAAGUGCUUCUUCAGUAUUUAAAGGAUAUAGAGUUAAAAAAUAAUGAAUCUCAUAUAAAAUCAAGUUGUAAUUAUUUCAACUACAUGCUAAAAUAUGGAUUAACACAAUAUAAAUGUUCAUGGAAGAACACAUAUGAAAUUUACCAUAAGAUAGUACGUGCAUACAGAUUAAAUGAAAAUUUUUUACUCAAUAAAUGCAAUAAAUAUAUUAAAAAUAUUGAUGACGAUACAUUUUACAAAUUUUUUUUUCUCGAUUGGUUGUAUUAUUACAAUAAACAAUUUAAUAGUGGAACAUUUAAAUGUCCGUACAAUAUUGUUGAUUUUAAAGAAUAUUUAGUUUUAUUAAAAAAUUGUGGAAACGAAAAUAACAAGUCUUUUUGUGAUACUAUAAAUGAAUUAAAAAAGCAAAGUAGUAAUUUUUUGGUUCAUUUAAAUGAAUGUUGGGGAUAUUCUUCAAACUUACGUCAUAUUUCUUGGACAUUUUUCGGCACAGGAUUCGUAACUAUUGUCAUAUUGAUAAUUAUAUUCAUUUUGUAUAAGUUUACCCCAUAUAUGGCUUAUGUACAAUUUACGAUAAGAAAAAUAAUGAGAAUGAGGAAUACAAAAAACAUAGAACGACUCAAAUUACUGAAAUCAUUUGAACACACAUACAAUGAUGUAAUAGAUGAAAAAUACCAAAUAGCAUAUGACUCAAUAUUAUACAUCUAA